AUGGAAACACCGUCAACAAUAAAGCAUUCAAACGGGAUAGUACGCAGACCCUCUCAAACUUCGGUACGGCUUGUCAAGCCGUCAGGCCGCUUGCCCCAGCUGCCCAUCGCCACGCGCGACCUCCACGGAUCCAACUCGCAUGAGAAAGUCAUAUUCCAACUGCCACUAUGCACAGUCCGGCAACUUCUACACAGUAAGACAAAAAAAAAUAUGACGGCAACCUCAAGCAUCUGCAAUUCAUGUGUUCAAUGGAACAAAAGCAUCUAUUGCUUUUGGAAGGUGACGCUAGGAAGUUCAAAGAUCUACAGCAAAUACUACGCUGCCUGGAGACAGAAGCAUGGAUCCAAAUGUCACAGAGAUGAGAAUAUCAUCUCCGUGCAGCAACGACAAAAAGGGCAUCACUACUAA